AAUAAUCCCUUAUCACUUCUCCUCUGCUAUCUUUCAUCUUCCAAUUCCCUCCCUUCACUGCCCCCUGCCCCUCUUCUUCAGACGAGGAGUCAGGGUGUUGUGCUAGUUUAGCCGAAGAAAUGGCUUUUCGGACUGCACAUAUUUCUCUUACUGUGGCAGCAUUUGGAGUUCUAGCCUUCAUAUUUGGAGUAGUUGCUGAAAAUAAAAAGCCAGCAUCUGGAACUCCAAUUACUGGAAAAGGUGUUGUUAUUUGCAAGUAUCCUUCUGAUCCAACCGUUGCUUUGGGGAGCUUAUCUAUUGUAGCUCUCUUUCUGUCAGCUUGUUUUGGAUUUUUCUCCGUAUUUUACCCCUACAAAGGAAAAUCUAUUCCAAAUGAGGCUUUGUUCCGGAGCACUACAUUGGUUGUGUUCUUCAUAGUUGCGUUGGGUGUGUCUGUGCUUGCGGAGGGGAUGAUGUUGUGGGCAACAAUUACUGAAGGCCUUCACAUUACUCGCAAUGUUCAUCACAACCUCAAUUAUGAAUGUCCCACGGCCAAGACAGGUCUUUUUGGUGGUGCUGCCUUUCUGGCCCUUGAUGCUUCAUUAUUCUGGUUGAUUUGCCAAAUGUUGACACUCAAUGCCAGAACUGACUACCUAGAAGAAGAUGACCCUAAAGGUGAAUACGGCCAGGUCCUUGUGAGCGAAUAUGAUGCAAGGGCCAAGCCCUAAAACUCGUAGGACAAAACAACAUAAUAAAAAAUUUGCUGCUUUGGUUCAUCAUUUAAGGAGUCAUCGUUUUCCAUAUUCCGUCUUUACUGUAAAUAUGGAUGUCAUUCUGGAUCUCUUGCUCCAUUUGUUUCUGAUAUAUCUAGGCACCAAGAGUAAAGAAGCUGUGGUCAGAUUUCAGACUUUUUAAUGCUAAAGUUAAAUACUAGACAAGAAA